GAGACUCUCACUGCUCUCAUACACAUUUGGCAAAACCAAACAAAUAUCUCUUCAGUCUCUCUGUCUCUCUGGUGUUCAGACUGUUCAAUAUCAUCUGUGUGUGCUCUUCUUCUGCUUCAUUUGGGCUUUUGCCCAUUUUUUGGUUUUGUGAGAUGAAACUUUUUUGGGUCACAAAUUGCGAAAUCUUGAUCUUGUCGAAUCCCUCUAUUGAGUUUUGAAGUUUCUUGAUCUGGGCUCUAUAUAAUCUCAUUCAAGAUUACAUUUUUUUGCUAUAAAAAUCAUUUCUUUAUCUUUUUUCAAGUUAUUUUGGAUACCUUUGCAUUGAAAAUUUACACUGGGCUUGGUGGUUUAGGAGUUUCGGUUCAUAUUAGUGAGUUCUCUAAUGGUUUCUCGAAACAUCCAUUGCUUGCGUGAUUUAUCUGGGGUAUAAGAUUAUGGGUCGGGGUAGAGUGAAGGGGAAGAAAUUAUCUGUAGCUAACCAGGAUGAUCCUGGGAGCGGCGAGGAAGAGAAAAUUCCUGCACAGAAGAGAAGGGGAAGACCACAGAAAUCACUUAAAGACGAAAUAGAUGAUGACAAAGCACAGAAAAUAGGAGAUGAAUAUAGUGAGGAUACGACAACUGGUAUGCUGAACAAAGAAAUGAGAGGUUCAAAUUCGACACAGAAUGGGAAUAAAAGAAAAAAGGACGGCCACUUAAAGGAGAAAGCUGAUUCAGUUGAAGAUGAAAAUGAAAAUGAAAAUGAAAAUGGGCCUAGAUCAAGCACUGAGGACAUGAAUAAAUCAAAUGGCUUUCGUCCAGCUCGUAAUAGGCGAAAAAAUAAACCUUGUCGAGCUGCUGAAGUAGGUGUGGAUUUGAGACUAUUUUAGCUGUUGGAAUGGAGACCUAGUACAUCUCUACCUUUGUUCUUUCUUUAUUCCUCAGUUUUGGUUCUUUAUCAGGAAUUUGUCUUUAUUUUGAAAGAUUUUCGGAUCAUCAUACUCUCGGGAUUUUGAUGUUGCAAUGACAUAAGCGAGGCGUUAGUACCAUUUUAUUAUUGAUAAUAAUAAUCUGAUGUUCAGAUGAUUCCCUUUUUCUGUUCUUCUUGGUGAUUCUAGUAAUAUCAUGCACCCUGAAUCUCUUGUUUUCUUAUUUACUAAUAUGAUGUAAAAAGUUGGAGGGAUUUUGCUGUCA